AUGACUUCUCGUUCUUUUAGAAAGAAAAGUUGGUGGAGUGUUGUGGUUUUGGGGACUAUUUUCCUUUCUUUUGUAUUGAAGAGGUACACGCAAGUGUCUAGAGGUCUGUUAGAAAGUAAGGCUGACCUUGAGAUUAAGGGUGACCAUGAGAUUAAGGGUGACCAUGAGAUUAAGGGUGACCAUGAGAUAGUAAUCGUUUAUAACGUUUAUUUGCCAACACGUCGAGAUUGGAGACCUUUGUUGAGAAAGCAAAUGCAAGACAUUGCAGAUAUUGGCUUAUUAGAAAGAGCAGAAUUGCAUGUAUCCAUCAGCGCAGAAGUAAAUGAAACAACUGAUUCCAAGUUCAACUAUCUAGCUCAAACAUUACAGUUUCAAGAGGCAAUACAAAUUAUAGAUGAAAUUACACAUAAAACGGCUAAAUAUGACCUGACUUUAGGGAAUUUUUAUGAAUAUCCUGGCAUUGCAAAUCUCUGGAAACUUGGAAGAGUUAAAGGUCCGCAGAGCUUAUUUCUUUACUUCCAUAGUAAAGGUAUGGUGAAUCACGGUAACAGUCUGGCAGCGAACAAAAAAUACAAACCUCUUUUUUUGACUGUCAUCAAACCAUGGCAAGAAGUCGAAAGAAGAUUUAAAGAAAAUAGGAAACUGAACUUGGCUGGUUACGCUGCAUCUAAAUCUGGCUUUAUUUGGUAUAAUUUUUUCUGGGUAAGAGGGAGUUACAUCAAGACCUUAACCAGACCAAUUAAAACUGCCAGAAGACAUUACUAUGAGGAUUACAUCUCAAGAGUCAGAAGAAGCGGAGAUAUCGAGUUUUCAAGUUCGGUUCAGCUCAAUUUUGACUUUGUGAAAGAGGUGUUGGAGUAUGUGUAUAAAUGGAUUCGUGUUGAACAUUUCUUUUGA